AUGAACCGACCAAAGCCGAUACUGGCAACAUCACCUGAGAGAAGGGUGACCAUCAACCCAACUGUUCAGAUUGUAGAAACAUUGAACCUUGAGGGUUAUACCCCUAGCGAGAUCGCAGCUGCGUGGUACGAUGAAGAAGCCAUGGACAAAAUCACCCAACGAUGCUUUAAAGUACUACAGAGAAUGGAAGAAUGCGGAGGAACCAAGAAUGGCCAAAGGUAUUGUACCCGAGGCCUUGAAGGACACACAACGCUGGGGUCCAUCAGUAAAAAGAAAACAAGAACGGCUGCGUACGCAGCAGUAUUGAAUGAGCAAGAAAUGCAAUGGAACGAGAAUCGAGAUAUUGAUGUACAGGCCAUCUCGGAUGCAUACAUUAAAACCACUGCAAGCAGUCAACUGUGGGCUCAAGUCAUUGGCAACCGUGACCAUCAAGCCAUACAAGCAUACCUCUACCAAGAAGAAGAAGAAGAAGAGAACGAAGGAAUCGAUGCGAGGGCAACAACGGCAGCCCUGACCUGCCCCAUUUUGUCGUCAGAGUCUUCCCACAGCCAACCAACGGAAGACAAAGUACCCAGGAUAGCUGGUCGCCGGCCAUGUGCAAGAGCAGCAUGA